AUGGCUCCCCCCAAUCUGAAUGAAAUCCAUGAGGUUCUAGUCUCAUUGGCCUUCCAGGCCGGGGACAUUAUCACCAAUGCCCUCCCAGACACCAGCGGCACCGGCUCGAAGAAGAACAGUGCCGACUUGGUGACCGAGUAUGACCGCGCCGUCGAGAACAUGAUCUCGACUUCAUUGAAGGACAAAUACCCGGAUUAUGAAUUUCACGGUGAGGAAACCUACGACUCUGCACGCCCGUUGACAGAGGCCCCGACGUUUGUCGUGGAUCCGAUUGAUGGCACCGUCAACUUCGUGCACAGCUUCCCGCAUGCCUGCGUCUCGCUCGGUUUCGCCGUCGGCCGAGUCCCCACCGUGGGUGUCGUCUACAAUCCCUUCACCAAAACCCUCUACUCGGCUAUCCGGGGCCAGGGUGCGUUUCGCAAUCGGGAGACCCGUCUACCCCUGAGGGGCGAGAACGUCGAGCCCUUGUCAGGAUUACCCAAUGCCCUCGUCAGCAUUGAAUGGGGCUCAGACCGCAGCGGGCCGAAUUGGGAGACGAAGGUACGGACGUUUGAGAAGCUGGGCCAGUCCAAGGAGGACGGCGGGGCGAUGGUCCGCUCCUUUCGGAGUCUGGGGUCUGCGGCGUUGAACCUGUGUGCCGUCGCAGAGGGCACCAUGGAUCUCUACUGGGAAGGCGGGUGCUGGGCGUGGGAUGUGUGUGCGGCGUGGGUCAUCUUGGCUGAGGCAGGCGGCAUCAUGGUGGAUGGCAACCCGGGAGGUUGGGAGACCCGUCUGGAUGGACGGAAAUACCUGGCGGUUCGGGGCGCGCCACAGGGUCAAAAGGAGCUAGUGGAGGAGUUUUGGAGCUAUAUCCAAGGCAGAUUGGCGUAUUAG